CGCAAAAAGAGCAAAACCGAGAGAGGAGACACGCAGAGGCAAGAGAGAGGACACAGCAGAACAGAAGAGAAACUACACUGUCUGAGAAAACAGCGUCUGAAUUACUAACACACUGAGCUUUUAUUAUUAUUAUUAUUAUUAUUAUUAUUAUUAUUAUUAUUAUUAUUAUUACUAGUUAGUGCAGAUGCGCAGUGAUGAGGAAUUUAGUCUGAAUUAGUCUCAGAAGUUGUGACGUGACGUUCUGGGAUAAAAAUGGCACAAAGAAAAGUUUAAACGGGAAAAAUCCGAGGUUUUGUGGUCGUAUGGACGGGAAAUCAGCAUCGGAUCUUUACCCCAGGAUGUUGUGCUGGACUCCGACAUCUCCUCCUAAAUAAAGCUACACAACUCUCCUUCUUUUUGCACUGGAUGGCAAGUGGAGCUACAGGAUUGUGGAUGUGAAAUAGUUCAAUACAAAGCGAUUAGGGAUGGAAACGUCUCAUUUCUUUUAAAGAAACAACAACAACAAAAACAACAACCAAAUAAACAAGAAAAAAAAAAGGAAAAAAUACAAAUAGAAAUAUAAAUAGUGGAUCACCGCGGGUUCAUUCGGAUUUAUCAUGAUUUUAUUAAAUAUUCUGGCACUCCUGUUUUUAGCAGAUGAGCUGGCUGCUUUCGAGAACGGCGAAUGGACAGCCCCCAUGGACUGUUUAAGGGCGAGCGAGAUGUGUAACCAGAACGCGCAGUGCAGCUCGCGUUUCCGUAUCAUGCGACAGUGCCUGGUGGGCCGAGACCGCAGCGCCAUGCUGGAGAACAAAGAGUGCCAGGUGGCACUGGAGGUCCUGCAAGACAGCCCACUGCACCACUGCCAUUGCAAGAGGGGCAUGAAGAAGGAGCUGCAGUGCCUGCAGAGCUACUGGACCAUCCACAUGAGCCUCAACGAAGGAGAAGAACUUUACGAGACAUCCCCCUACGAGCCGAUGCAUUUCUCCGAUGAAUUCCGACUCGCUUCUAUUAUUUCAGCUAUGGACUCGGCCUCCUCUAAGGGCACCGUGUGUCCAGAGUCUACAAAUUCGUGUAAUCCGUGUCUGGAUGCUGCGAAGGCGUGUAACCUGAACACGGUGUGUAAGCGUCAGCGCUCGGCCUACGUCAGCGCGUGUAGCCGCUCUACCCCCAUCGCCCUUUCGUCUGAACCGUGCAGCCGCAAACGCUGCCAUCGGGCUCUGCGCCAGUUCUUUGAGCGCGUGCAGAAUGAUCUCAGCUACCCACUGCUCUUCUGCUCCUGCCGGGACAAAGCGUGUGCCGAGCGACGACGCCAGACCAUCGUACCUACAUGCUCUUUUGAGGAAAAGGCAAAGCCAAACUGCCUCGAGCUCCGGAGGAUCUGUCGAUCGGAUGCACUGUGCAGGUCCAGACUGGCAGACUUCCACAUGAACUGCCAGACGACUCCGCACUCGAUAACAAGCUGUCCUAAUGACAACUACCACGGCUGUCUCGUGUCCUACGUCGGGCUUAUAGGAUCGGAUGUGACCCCAAACUACGUGGAUGCCAACCAUGCCAACAUCACCAUAUCGCCGUGGUGCAGUUGCCGUGGCAGCGGUAACCAGGAGACAGAAUGUGAAGCUUUUCUGCGUGACUUCAGAGAGAACGCAUGUCUAAGAAACGCAAUUCAGGCGUUUGGUUACGGCGCAGAUGCCGGUUUCCUUCCAUUCACCGAAUCCCAUUCUGUCGGCCCGUCUGAGAGACCCAACCUCCAUCCUGCCAUUAUCACCAAACCCGACAUCAUCACUAACGACGUCAAACCAGUCGAGAGCGCGUGUGUUUUCUCCACAUGCGCUAAUCUUAAGGACGGUGAUGAGAAGUGUUCUCCCUCCAGCAGUUUUGAAUGUGCAGAUGAGAACAUCCUGGACUCCGAGAUGGACAGGUCCAUCGACUCCCACCAAUCUGAAAACGACAGACACUCGUCUGCGUAUCUGUCCAGUGUCUCCACGGCAACCAUCAUCCUGUCCAUCGUACUUGUCAUUCAGGUCGUGUAAAUAAAUCUCUGAGUCCACGAGGGCCAAAACAAUCAAAUGGACACCUCCGGUCCAAACCCUGACAUUGAUCUCUGUCAUUCUUUCUCCCUGUCUCUCUAUCUUUUGCUCUUUCUGUGUCUCACAUGCCAUUUUUAACAAUUUUGCUCAAAAUGAAGAGACUGCAGAAGUGUAGUCCUACAGCACGAGAAGCAUCUACGUGACUUUUAGCUUAGCAAUGUGGGCUAAUCAGGGGGAGGUUAUUUUUUUGAGAAAUUCAGGUUUGAACAGCCGACGAAAGUAAGAAUGGUAAAAAAGCCUUUGUGAUGUACAGGUAUAUAAUCACAGGAGACCAUUGGUGGAUAUUUGAAACAGUAUGUGGCUCACAGAUACGAACGCAUUUUCCAUAAUAAUGAGCUUCUUCUGUAUAAUUACAUCCAGCUGAGCAGAAAGAGCUGUAAAAUAAAUCUCCACACGGCUGUCUGACAUGACAGGACACAUCGUUCAUAUGUGAAAUGCUUUUUAUUUAAAGAAAAAGUCAGGUCCAUCAGUCUGAGUUAGUCGUAAUGACUUUUUAUUGAAUCAGUUAUUAAGCACUAAGGCUAGUGGAAGACUAAAAAUAUGGAUGCUUCACCCCAGACAUCUCUGACUGGCUGGCACUUGGUUAUGUCAGAGUACUUUACAAUAAAUUUCAAAAAAUAUGGAUAAUGAAGAUUCAUUUUCACACAACGCCUUGCUUGUCAAUCCUCAGCACAGGACAUAGCAUUGGCUACAUCACGUCUUCAUGCUUCACGCUCCUCCAUUUUCAGAUUAUUUAUCCAUAACUGCAUGACCUUGAAGUGUUCGCUUCCUCUCCUUCCACUGCCAUUUUUGCAGUUAAUUAGUUGCUAAUUUAAAAAAAAAAAAACAUGAUAUUUUCCAUCCAUUUACAGUCAGGUUUAAUAUUAAUUCUUAAAAUCGUUAUGAUUUAGUAAAGUAUAAAAUAUAAGUUGUUGGUUUUGAGAAUCUCCAGCACUGAUACUGAAGACCUUCCAAAAAUGUGUCUCAAAUGAAUGUCUGUUUAAAGUUAUUUAUUUAAAGUGUUACUAUAGAAAUGAUAAAAUAUUAGAGCUGCUUCCAGCCAAAACUACCAAUCAGAAUUAAGAAUUUAGCGGAAAUAAACAAUAAUGGCAAGGUUUACAUUUCUGUUAAUAUCAACAUCUUACUUAUAAAAAAAGAACAGAGAUGUGCUGAGACACAUGCACUAUGUGGCCUAAAGUUUAUGGAUGCACGACCAUCGCACUCAGCUGCGGUGUGAUGGUAUGUAAAGAUAUGUAUGUGAGCUGCAGUGUUAUAUUUUAUAAUUUCCCUUCACUGGAACUAAGAGGCUCAAACCUGUUCCAGCAUGACAAUGCACCUGUGCACAAAGCACAAACCAUGAAGAUAUGAUCUUCCCUACGGUUGAUGAAAGUGGAAGAACCUCCUCACUAUCAUCAACAUCAGUGUCUGAUCUCACUAAUGUUCUUGUUGCUGAAUGAUCACAAAUCCCCACAGCCACGCUCCGACAUCUAAUGAAAAGUCUUCCGAGAAGAGAAGCAUAGAGCUUUUAAUAAGCGUAACCUUGAAAUGAAUCUGUACUGAACAUCGCAACUAGCACAUAUUUUUUUAUAUUAUUUAAUAUUUAUAUAAUAGUUUAGAAAAAGUGCAAUAAACUGUUAUGUUCCUAAAUAAAGAUAGCACAAUCUGUUUAUCUGUUUAUGUUAUAUGGUAAAACUAAUAUUUUACUAAAUGCAAAAAUUCCAACCAAAUGUAAUGAUUUUGGCUUUUACGCAUCAUCCUGCGGUCCUAUUUGGAGAUUAUUGUCUUUCCACACGAAGAUGUCAUUUAAGGAAAGUCUGAUCUUUCAAUCAUACUCGUCUUGAUUGAUUGCUUUGCCUUAUUAUUUUUAUUCAAGAAAGAAGAGCGUCAGAAAAGAAAGCGCACUUAACCUCAUUCCCCCUCACACACCUUCUGCAUAUUAACUGGUGGGCUUUUUUUGGUUGUUUGCUUUGCUCAGUUUGUUCCUUUAUUUUUUACAUUACAGGAGCACCAUUAAGCUGUCGCAGCUUGUCAGAAUAAAAACAUCCAUCUGUAUGAACACGUCUUCAUUGCAUGAGAAGAAAGCAGAUACAGGAUUCCAGGAGUGUGAGCUGUGAAUCGCUUGUGUUUCUCAAAACAAAUCAUCCUUCACUAAUAUAAUUAGACCAAACUGGAUUGUGUUUGUUAACUGAUGGAAUAAAAAUUUUGGACAGGUUUUGA